UUGCACAAAUCUUUCUCAGUCAGUCGCCAGCUUCGACACCAUUCACAUCUCAGUCCUUACUAUAUAAGUUAUUCCUUCAGUAGCUUUACCUUUUUGUCAGGUGAAAGUAAUUAAAGAUAACAAACAACUAAAAAGCCGGCACUGUCAACAACAGGGAAGAAAAAACUAAACACUAAAACUUUGUAAACCUUAGAAAGACGAAAAAACUUUAAACAAAACACAAACAUGGAUGAGGAAGUUGCUGCUCUCGUUAUUGACAAUGGAUCUGGUAUGUGCAAAGCUGGUUUUGCCGGCGACGAUGCCCCCAGAGCUGUCUUCCCUUCAAUUGUUGGUCGUCCAAGACAUCAGGGUGUGAUGGUUGGAAUGGGACAAAAGGACAGUUACGUCGGAGAUGAAGCUCAAAGCAAGAGAGGUAUUCUUACCUUGAAGUACCCCAUUGAACACGGUAUUGUUACCAACUGGGAUGAUAUGGAAAAGAUCUGGCAUCAUACAUUCUACAACGAGUUGAGAGUUGCACCCGAAGAGCACCCUGUCUUGUUGACUGAGGCUCCUCUUAACCCCAAAGCCAACAGAGAAAAGAUGACCCAAAUUAUGUUCGAAACCUUCAACACUCCUGCCAUGUAUGUGGCUAUUCAAGCUGUAUUGUCCCUAUAUGCUUCCGGUCGUACCACAGGUAUCGUCAUGGAUUCAGGUGAUGGUGUCACCCACACCGUCCCCAUCUAUGAAGGUUACGCCUUGCCUCAUGCUAUUAUCCGUCUUGAUCUUGCUGGUCGUGACUUGACAGAUUACCUGAUGAAAAUCUUGACCGAACGUGGCUACUCUUUCACCACUACUGCUGAGAGGGAAAUUGUUCGUGACAUCAAAGAGAAGCUCUGUUAUGUUGCUCUAGACUUCGAACAGGAAAUGCAGACUGCAGCCUCCUCUUCAUCUUUGGAAAAGAGUUAUGAAUUACCUGACGGACAGGUCAUCACCAUUGGCAACGAAAGAUUCCGAUCUCCAGAAGCUACAUUCCAACCAUCUUUCAUUGGUAUGGAAUCUGCUGGUAUCCAUGAAACAACAUACAACUCAAUCAUGAAAUGUGAUGUCGAUAUUAGGAAAGAUCUGUAUGCAAACACUGUAUUGUCCGGUGGUUCCACAAUGUACCCAGGUAUUGCUGACCGUAUGCAGAAGGAAAUCAGUGCCCUUGCACCACCUACUAUGAAGAUUAAGAUCAUUGCUCCACCUGAACGUAAAUACUCUGUAUGGAUUGGUGGUUCCAUCUUGGCUUCUCUGUCCACCUUCCAACAAAUGUGGAUUAGCAAGCAAGAAUAUGACGAAUCUGGCCCAUCUAUCGUCCAUAGGAAAUGUUUCUAAGUAUUAACUAUAUUAAUUUUUUAAUUGGAUUAAAAUUUCUAACAGCUAAAAGAUUGCCGAAUAUUCGUGUAAAUAAAACAAAACUUAUCGUGAUCGCAGUAAAAAAUAAAAAUUUAAGGUACUGGGCUGGUUUUUGUUUACUUUUCUCUUGCCCUCAUUCUUAGCAACUUUUGCUGUUGGUC